AUGGACAAACAGAAGUUCUUGUCCGAGGAAUUUGUUGUUUAUGUCGUAUUUGGGACCUUGUUUGCUGGCUUUGAGCCUGUUUCAUCAAUAAUGGCAUUAGCUUUCAGUUUACUUGCAGAGCAUCCUGCAGCUUUAAAAGAGUUGACUGCUGAGAAUGAGGCACUUCUCAAAAACAGAGAAAAUCCAAAUUCCUCACUCACAUGGGACGAAUAUAAAUUGAUGACUUUCACUCGUCAGGUUGUCAAUGAAACUCUUAAACUGGGAAAUGUUGCACCUGCAUUGCUACGCAGAGCUUUGAAAGAUAUCCCAGUAAAUGGAUUUACAAUUCCAGCAGGUUGGACGAUUAUGGCUCUCACCUCUGCACUUCUACUAAGUCCCAACACAUUCAUGGAUCCCCUCGAGUUCAAUCCGUGGCGUUGGAAGGACCUUGACUCCCUUGUUGUAUCGAAGAACUUCAUGCCAUUUGGUCGAGGAUCGAGACAAUGCGCAGGGGCAGAGUAUAGUAGGCUGUUCUUGGCCACCGUUCUCCAUGUCUUGGUCACCAAAUAUAGGAAGUUGAGGUUCCACCCAAAAACCAAUGGUAAUGGGAGGAACCUUAACUUGCUUCAUGAUAUCAGAGCCAGAUCUGUGAUAGAGACAGGACAAAGAGAAAUGGUGGCCUGGGGCUUUCAGCCCAUUGUGUUUGAAUCUGCAAGCACCAUUGGAGGAGUUCGGACCAAAACUAUUGAGACCACCAAGCUCCAAACUCCUAGAGAAGCUUACCGAUUCUCAGAUUUCCCACGGCCAUCUUCUGUGACAGAGGACUUCCUUAACCAACAUCAGGUUUUGGAUUACAUCCAAUUAUAUGCUCACCAUUUUGACUUGCUCAAGCAUAUCAAAUUCAACACCAAAGUUUGUGGGAUUGAGUAUGAAGGCUCCUCUGAGGAUGAGAUGCAAGCUUGGAGCUUGUGGGGUGGCUCUGGAGAGCCUUUCAGCUCCAAAGGGAAAUGGAAAGUUGUAGUAGAAGACAAACAAAGCCUUUCAACUGAGGUUGUAAUCACAGCUGAUCCUGAGUUCAAUAACUACAUAUUUCAGCAAGAAGGGAGGAUGGUGGAACUGUGCACCAAAAGAACGUCAACAACCAUGUUGAGGGAUAUGCUAAAGGAGAGACGGAUUUCACCUGAGAUGCAGAGAGGAGAUUUCCUUGAUCAAAUCAACAUUGACAUGGAAAAGGAGAAAUUUUUGUCAGAGGAUUUUUCAGUUCAGCUGGUAUUUGGGGGCUUGUUUGCCACCUUUGAGUCUAUUUCUGCAGUAAUAGCAUUAGCUUUCAGUUUACUGGCAGAGCAUCCUUCAGUUGUACAAGAGUUGACGGCUGAGCAUGAGGCAAUUCUCAAAAACAGGGAAAAUCCAAAUUCCUCACUCACAUGGGACGAAUAUAAAUCCAUGACUUUCACUCUUCAGGUUAUCAAUGAAAUUCUUAGGCUGGGAAGUGUUGCCCCUGGCUUAUUACGUAGAGCUUUGAAAGAUAUCCCAGUAAAGGGAUUUACAAUUCCAGAAGGCUGGACCAUUAUGGUUGUCACCUCUGCACUUCAGUUAAGUCCCAACACAUUCGAGGAUCCCCUCGAGUUCAAUCCAUGGCGUUGGAAGGACCUUGACUCAUAUGCUGUGUCCAAGAACUUCAUGCCUUUUGGUGGAGGAAUGAGGCAAUGUGCAGGGGCAGAGUAUAGUAGGGUUUUCUUGGCCACCUUUCUCCAUGUCUUGGUCACCAAAUAUAGGUGGACAACAAUCAAAGCGGCAUGCAUUGCUCGAAACCCUAUUUUAGGAUUUGGGGAUGGAAUUCACAUAAAGUUCGAGGAGAAGAAAACCUGA